ACUUACUUCUUGUGUUAAUGCCAAAUUCUACAACCCGCGGUAGACGAUUGACAGAGCUCCUAGAAGCAGACUAUGUAGAUGAAGCGCAUAUACAAGCUUAUGCAGAAGCUCUGCGCAACGACGACAUCCAUAUACCCGAAGCUAACUCUCCAAUACCUCCUGGCUCUCCAGCUAUCAGUCAUCACAGUAGUGUUCGAGUUCGAAAAGUCACUGCUUUGUCAGAUUUUGCUCCGAUAAAUCUUCGCGUCAAGAGACGGAAGAAGAAGGGAACAUCGGCCUCUGCUGUGCGGAAACAUGAUUGGACAUUUAUUUUGCUCAGGUGGCCUCUCCUGUUCUUUAUAUUUCUCUUCAUCGCUAUCGAGUUCGGCCUCUAUGUUUUGAUUAGGCAGGUCGUGAACACAAAGGAAUGGAUAUUUUCAUGGCGUGGUCAAAAGGGUGUUCUGAGAAAACGUCUUCGUGGUGCACAAACCUACCAGGAAUGGAAAGAUGCGGCAGCCACGUUAGACCAAUAUCUACACUUUGAUGAAUGGAAGAAGAUUGAUGAAGAUGCAUUCUAUGAUUGGAAACUAGUGAGGAAAGUCAAACGCUCCUUGAGGGCAUUACGAGAAAAGAAAGAUGCGAGAGGAUGUAUGGGUGUGCUCGAAACUUGUAUCAGGGCAAACUUUGCUGGCGUCGAGUCCCCGAGGCUGUACAGUGAAACCUAUAUCGGAACGAAAGAUUUGAUAGAGUCCUAUUACGACGAACAAGAAAAAGCGCUCGAAUUCGUGCGUGAUUCUCCAGAUAUCACCCUUGACGAAAAGAAAAGGUUCUUCAAAGGCGCAAACACUAACUAUGGUAUCUCCGCCCUCUGUCUCUCCGGGGGAGCGUCAUUCGGGUACUAUCAUUUCGGAGUUGUCAAAGCCUUUCUCGAUGCAGAGAAACCCCUUCCCCGAGUCAUCACAGGGACAUCCGCAGGCGGUCUCAUAGCUGCACUGACCUGUACGAGGACUGACGAUGAAUUGAAAAUUCUCUUAGUCCCAGAUUUAGCGAACAGACUCACAGCAUGUGAGGAUCCGUUCAAGAUCUGGGUAAGACGCGCCUGGACAACUGGGGCUCGGUUCGAUAGCAUAUCCUGGGCACGCAAAUGUUCGUUCUUCACUCGAGGUUCGAUGACGUUCAAGGAAGCCUAUCUUCGGACAGGUCGCGUCCUGAAUAUCUCUGUCAUCCCAGCCGAUAGGCACAGUCCGACGAAGUUACUCAACUAUCUUACUGCCCCUGAUACUGUCAUUUGGUCAGCGCUUCUGGCAUCUGCAGCAGUACCGGGAAUUCUGAAUCCUGUACCUUUGAUGUCAAAACUGAAAGAUGGGAGUAUUGUACCGUGGAAUUGGGGAAGCAAGUGGAAAGAUGGAUCAUUGAGAGUUGACAUUCCGGUUCAGGCUCUAAACCUUUAUUUCAAUGUCACCCAUCCUGUGGUAUCCCAGGUCAAUCCACAUGUGCAUUUGUUCUUUUUUGCCCCUCGAGGCUCAGCUGGCAAGCCCGUGGCUCAUUCCAAAGGCAAAGGUUGGAGGGGGAACUUUCUUCUUUCCGCUGCCGAACAAGCCUUAAAGCACGAACUGACGAAAAACUUCAAAGUUAUCCGUGAUUUGGAACUGCUGCCACAACUACUUGGCCAGGAUUGGUCAUCUGUUUUCCUCCAACGCUUCGAUGGUGCCGUCACAAUAUGGCCAAGAACUAGAUUUUGGGACUGGUUCCGUAUCUUGACAGAUCCUGAUCCACCAGAGUUGGAAAGGAUGAUGAGAGUCGGUCAGAUCGUAACAUUUCCUAAACUUCAUAUGAUCGAAAACCGAGCUCGAAUUGAGAGGCAGAUAUUCCUCGGACGUCAACUGGUUCGUCGAACACUGCAAAACUCCGGCAGACAAGUCAACACGCAAACUAUCGCACUUCCUGCGCGACUUUCGACUACCCCUUCUUACACAGGGACCGAUGCACCCAUAUCAGUGGACACUGACGCAGAAAACGCUUACGCAUCUGCAUCACGCAAAUACUUCCGUCGUCGUCACCAAUCCGCGAACGGACAACUGAAGCCUCGCGCGAACAAUGGAGGGAAGGGUCUUAGUUCAAGAAAUGCAUCAGCAGAACUUGUAAAUCCUGGAUCCACACCUAAUAGGCGCACAGAGCCUAUGCUAAAUAGGACAACAAACGGCGAUAAUCUUCCUUCAGGCCAUAUGCUGAGACCACCAACGAAAUCAUUCCCAAACGUUUUGGUCUUGAGAGAAAACGAGAUGGAUGAGGAUGGGUGGAGUAGCGAGAGUUCAUUUGAUGAUGAUCUGGUGGCGAUGGAUGAGCAUCGGAGAUAUACUAGCCAUUCCUCGUUGCCACCCGUUGAGGAUUCCGACCAGCUGCAACGAGAUGAGUGGUCUGGUUAGUAUCUUAUAUCAUGUAAUUUUAAUAUAUAUACAUUGACUCACCACACGUGGUGAGAAGCAAUA